AAGAUCGCAAGGAUCCAAGCAUCCGGCAAGAGAGGAAUAGUAAGGUAGUGAGACUUGAGAGAGAGAGAGAGCGCGCUAUAAGUAGUAUAGACUGCACUCGGUAGAGCAUCUCUCGAAGAUUGUUGAAUCCAUUUCUGUGUUUAGAUCAGAAGUCCACAGGUAAGAUGAUGGUAGAUGGUCUUCAUGAAGGGGGAAGUGAACAAUUGGGUUCCCAGGAUAAUGAUAAGGUUAAGGUUGAUCCUUCAAAACCUGCACCUCUAACUUGGCAUCGAAAGUUGAAUGCAUCAGACUCUGUCCCAGCACAAUUCAAUCUAACUGUGUCGGAAAUGAUUCAUAUGGCUCCUAUAGGUUAUCGAUUAUGGCGUCAUAUUCAGGAAGAAACAGCUAAAGGAAGGGAUACAAUAAUUAAUCCUUUUACGAAGCGUUACAUCACAUCAUGUCAUGGUGUUCCACUCGGCGGCAUUGGUGCAGGAAGCAUUGAGAGAAACUACAAAGGUGAAUUUCAGCGUUGGCAAUUAUUCCCUAGAAUAUGUGAAGAUGAGCCAGUUUUAGCCAACCAGUUUUCAGUUUUUGUUAAACGGUCUAAUGGUGAAAGGUUUUCAACUGUAUUGAGCCCAAGGACUCCAGACAUAUUGAAAGAAAAUUUGACUUCCAGCAUUGGAUCUUGGGACUGGAACCUGAAAGGAGAAAAUUCGACAUACCAUGCACUCUAUCCCCGGGCUUGGACGGUUUAUGAUGGCGAACCAGAUCCAUUGCUUAGAAUAGUAUGUCGGCAGAUUUCUCCAUUUAUACCCCACAAUUAUCAGGAGAGCAGCUUCCCUGCAACAGUCUUUACGUACACGCUAUUUAACAGUGGUGAGACAGAUGCCUAUACGACUCUACUUUUCACAUGGGCUAAUUCUGUUGGUGGAGCUUCUGGAUUGUCGGGUCAUCACUAUAAUUCCAGUUUCAGGAUGGAUGAUGGCACCCGAGGAGUACUCCUGCAUCACAGGAGUUCAAACGGAUUAUCCCCUAUAACAUUUGCAAUUGCAGCCCAAGAAACCAAUGGUGUUUCUGUUUCAGAAUGCCCUUGCUUCACCAUAGAAGGAAGCUCCAACUUCAUUUCAGCAAGAGAUUUGUGGCAAGAAGUUAAAAAGCACGGAUCUUUUGCACACAUUGAAUCUGCCGAUUCAUUGUCACCUUCAGAAGCAGGAUCAUCCAUAGGAGCAGCUGUUGCGGCUUCUAUAAUGGUUCCACCCAAUGAAUCACGCACCGUUUCAUUUUCAUUAGCAUGGGAUUGUCCUGAAGUGAGCUUCAAGAGUGGUAGAACUUAUUACAGGCGUUAUACAAAAUUCUACGGUAAACAAGGUGAUGCUGCAGCCAAAAUAGCGCACGACGCUCUUCUCGAACAUGGCGAGUGGGAGUCUCAAAUAGAAGCAUGGCAAAGGCCAAUUCUUGAAGACAAGAACCUCCCAGAAUGGUAUCCUAUCACUCUUUUCAAUGAGCUCUACUAUCUUAAUUCAGGAGGAACAAUUUGGACAGAUGGAUCUCUUCCUGUGCAUACAUUGGCAACCAUUGGUGAGAGGAAGAUCUCCAUUGAUAUGUCUAGCUUAGAUAUAGAAGAAUCUAGGAGUAAGGUCAACCAAAAUGACACUGCUGCUGAAAUUCUCUGGAGGAUGACUUCGGCUUUUGAAGAAAUUCAUACCCCAACGUCACUGAAUUCUGCUUUUGGAACAAAUCUUCUUCAAAAGGGAGAAGAGAACAUCGGGCAAUUCCUCUACCUGGAGGGAGUUGAAUAUCACAUGUGGAACACUUACGAUGUUCAUUUCUAUUCGUCGUUUUCACUAGUCAUGCUAUUCCCGAAACUCGAACUUAGCAUCCAGAGAGACUUUGCAGCGGCUGUGAUGAUGCACGAUCCUAGCAAGAUGCGACUUCUUAGCGAUGGAAAGUGGGUCACGAGGAAAGUUCUUGGCGCGGUCCCUCAUGACAUAGGAAUGGACGAUCCUUGGUUUGAAGUGAAUGCUUACAGUCUUUAUAAUACAGAUAGGUGGAAAGAUUUGAAUCCGAAAUUUGUGCUGCAAGUUUACAGGGACGUUGUUGCAACCGGUGACAAGAAAUUUGCUCAGGCAGUUUGGCCUUCAGUUUAUGUGGCCAUGGCUUUCAUGGACCAAUUUGACAAAGAUGGAGACGGGAUGAUAGAAAACGACGGUUUCCCUGAUCAAACAUACGAUACAUGGUCUGUUUCCGGGGUAAGUGCUUAUUGUGGUGGACUUUGGGUGGCAGCUCUGCAGGCAGCCUCGGCCCUGGCUCGCGAAGUGGGUGACUGUAAUGCCGAGGAUUACUUUUGGUCCAAGUAUGAGAAAGCAAAGAUUGUAUAUGGGAAGCUAUGGAAUGGUUCUUACUUCGACUAUGACAACAGUAACGGAACUGCAAGUUCGUCUAUUCAAGCUGAUCAAUUGGCGGGUCAUUGGUACGCUAGAGCAUGUGGUCUCCUGCCAGUUGUUGAUGAUAAGCAGGCAAAAAGUGCGCUAGAAAAGAUUUACAAUUUCAAUGUGUUGAAGGUAAAGGAAGGGAGUUUUGGAGCGGUAAAUGGAAUGCUACCAAACGGGGAGGUUGAUAUAUCAUCGAUGCAAUCGAGAGAAAUAUGGAGUGGGGUUACAUAUGGUGUUGCAGCUUCAAUGAUACAAGAAGAGAUGUUGGAAAUGGCAUUUAGGACUGCAAAAGGAGUGCAUGAAGCUGCAUGGUCAGAAGAGGGGCUCGGCUUUGCUUUCCAAACCCCGGAAGGAUGGAACACGGAUGGGAACUAUAGGUCACUGGCAUAUAUGCGACCUUUAGCCGUAUGGGCAAUGCAAUGGGCUCUCACAAGGCCAAAGCUUUUGAGGCAGGAAAAGACAUUAAAACAAGACAAGGAUAACUCCCUGUUUAGGCACCAUGCCGGAUUCAUUAGGGUGGCACGCCUGCUUAAGCUUCCGGAAGAGGAAGCUUCUACAAGCAUGAUGUGGUCUGCUUAUAGCUAUGCUCGCAAAAAGAUUGGGAUUUGAGAGAAAUCUCCAUUCGGAUGACAAUUCAAAAUAAUACUCAAUGAAGACAGAAAAAAAUAGUAUGAUUGGAUAAUAUUAUGAUGACAUUAUUAUAAUAUUAUGUUGUGAGCAACUAAGUCUAAAUACUAUUUAAUCUUAAU